CUUGCACAUCACUCGUUUCACCCUACCUCACCACGGCACAGUUGAUACCUGACACAUCCCCAUCGACAGCAUGAGCACCUCUGCCAUCUCGUCUGCGCAGUUCUUUGCAGCCCUCAAGGCUCGCCGCUCCGUGUAUGCGCUCAAGGCGUCUUCACCCAUCUCGGACGCGGCGAUUCGCGAACUAGUGGAGACGGCGAUCAAACUCGCGCCGACGGCGUACAACUCGCAGACGUUGCGUGUGGCCCUUGUUUUCGGUGACAAACACAAGCGCCUUUGGAACGCGAUGUGGGUCGAGAACCAGAAGACGUUUCCGAACGCUGAGCUGGAAGCGCAGCAGCGCACCAAGUGGGAGCACGCGUACAUGAGCGCGUACGCUACCGUCGUGUUCUUUGAUGACAAGAAGUCGCUCGGGGAGUGGUGCACCAAGAUGCCGAACCGCAAGGAUGAGCUGGCGGUGUGGAGCAAGAACGGCGCGGGCAUCCUGCAGCACACUGUGUGGACCGCGCUCGCGACCGAGGGGCUGGGUGCCAACCUUCAGCACUUCUCGCAGGUUACGCCGGGGGCAGACGCAGCCAUGCGCCAGGUCAUCGAGGUUCCGGAGGACUGGGAGUGCACAGCCAUAAUGCCAUUCGGCGAGAUUGUGCAACACCCUGCAGAGAAGCCGAAGCUGCCCUUGUCGGAGCGCCUGAUGGUAUUCACCGACUAAAUGCGCAAAUAAAUUCAAGUCUACAUGGGCGGGAGAGAUGGCUAUUGUGACCUGCCUGAACGCAAGUAGGCUUUUGGCAGACGCAGGUUCAUGUGCAGUCUGAGAGAUAGAGGAAAAUGUAGCUUUGACCGCCAUUAUCUUGUAAAGCAGAAAGGAAGCGAGGAUGGAGGGCUAGGG